AUGCAGUGCACGUCAUUGAACAACAAAACCCCCAUGAUUGACCUCAGGUCUGAGCAUUCAGACGAACAUCAUUGCGUACACCCACCCAUCCCGGCUCAAAUUCAAUCACGUCAAGCGGGCGUUGUGAUCGUCCACGGUCGCAAGUGUUUGAUAGGCGGGCAGCGUGUGACGGAGGAUGUCGCACACGUGACUGCGAGCCCCAUCCGGAGGCGGACUAGUGGCUUAGCAUUGGAUUGGCGUGUUUCAAGCCGGGCUGAACCCCUCCACCGCCGUCCCCAUUGGUUUGACUUAGCGCGCGCCCUCUUUUGGCUGCGUGUUUCAGCUGCAGUGGCCGAUGGCGAGAAAUUCGGACUCUCUUUCGUUGCGGCGGAGUACUAA